UUCGUGAAUCCAAAAGCAGAGAAGAACAAUAAGAUCUAUGGUGUUCCUUUGCUUUUUAUUGGAUUUGCGGAGCAUAUCGCCUCCAAAUCUUCGCGACUUGAAGCAGGUGUUACUUCAUCUUGCGAACUACUACGCAAUUAUGUUUCAGGAUGGGGAUUGUACUUCCGCUGUAGCUCAAUCAAAGACGAAGUUUGUACAUGAUCGUAUCGGACUUUGCUACAUAUUCCGAAAUCGCAUUUCUUGUUCUGAUGAGCUGAAGAUUGCAUACAACCCGCAUGGAAACUUCAACCUUCGUGAUCUUCACCAUGCUCUGAACAAUCUGCCCACUGAUGUUUUCUGUCCUGAAUCCUAUGAUCCUGGAAUUCUAUAUGAGAAGCUGGCCGAUUUUCUGAGUGGAAAAAGUGUGUACAAUUGGGGAGACAAUGAUAAAAGUGUUUCCAGAAAAGUGAUUUUGAUAAGCAGUUGUUGCAUUGGCACCAUGGAAUCUACAACAAUGAAGGCUCUAGUGGAUGCAGGUGAAAAAUGUGUCAUGGUGGACUUUAUUCUGUUGAAGCAAACCUCAAGUCUUACUGGUGACAAUUCUGAAAAUAUCAACCACUUCGCAAAGCAGAUUGCAUCUCUUAAAAACUGCUCAUUUCAGACAUGUUUUCCUAAUCUGCAUGCGCUCUAUGGUCUUGCAAAAAGAUGGUUUCUGGAAUUAAAAGAUGACGAGGAAGAACCAUUACAAGCUCGUUUUGUCUUCAAGGCAACUUUAUUCGGCGCUCUAAACUGGAUAUCCUGUAACUUGUAUUCUUCUUUCCAUCCCAUACCUGAUGAAUUCAUAUCUUGUCAGAGCACUGAUUUAACAGUGAGCAUGAAUCAUUUUCACAGCAGUUAUCCUCUUUUUAAUCAGACAUGCAGAUGUCAUGGAAUUCCAUUGGAUAGUUCACAUAUGAAUCAGAUUAUAUCUUCUUCUUGUCCAGUAAACAAGAAUAAACUUGGAGCUUUGGAUAUAUUUGAGAAUUCCAUCAGGGUUGGCAAACAAACAAUACUACAUAUGCCCUCUUUCCACAACAGUUCAGAGCAGAAUCAACUCUCUUCACCUAUUGAGUUCAAUGUCAUUUGUAGGACCAACUUAACAUCUCUAAGUGAAGGGUUGAUAAUGGGUGGCACCUAUUUUGUUACACCAUCAACUUCCUACGGGAACGCUUCAAUUAACAAACCAGAGCUAAACAAUCAAGUAUUUCAAGUGGUGUGCAAUGUUCUAAAUUCCGUUGAUCAAGGGUUGGUAUGCUAUUCUAAUUGUAAUGUCGAAACUGCAAGUGUGACUUCCCUCCGGUGCUAUUAUCUUCUUCUACCUUCGGACGGAGGCUUAAUGCUUCUCAGGAGGCUUUCAGCUUCAGAGGAGUUUUUGCCUAUUCCAGUUGUCAGCCACCUCACUAGCUCAGUUGUAGCUGAAGAGAUUGAAAACACUGUCCAAUCCUCUUUGCUAAAGAUGGAGGUUAGUGACUACAAUCCUUUCCACUACGAGAGAGGUUUCCAUCGAAAACUGAACUUGCUUGUCAAAGAGAGCCUGCAGUUCGGGGCAAUACGUCCUAAAGGCAAAGAAGGUGCCACAGAAUCAAGCUCAAGCCAUCAAAUUUCUAAUCUUCAACCUACAAAUCAGACAACAAUAACCACAGAUGAACUCCCACGACUCGAUACCAAUCUAGGCGAAAGCGAAAGUAGCCCGAAUUCUCUUGCAGAAGAAUGGGAACAGCUUAUUGUCACCGAACUCGGUGGCAUACGUUCCCCAACAUCCCUUUCCAACUCAAAACAGGACCAACCAAUUACCUCGCCAUCGCAACCUAGUCGCCAGCUGGAUGAAAAAACUUCUAGAAUCCUCGAGAGACUAGAAGUCCCCAGACAGCUUAAAAGAAAGACAACCUCUCCCAUUCUCUCAUCAACUAGUAUCUCUUCUGAUCAUUUAUGUACGUCAUACAAGAAGCCACUGACACCGUAUCUGGUAGAAACCGGCGAGCAAGUUGCGGCGCCGAGCCAGCCGAUGAAACCCAGUUUCCAAAGGAUCAAAAAGAAGAGAUAAACAAGAGGAUUGAUUGCAAAGAUUUAUUCUUAUUUACUCUAUGCCAGAGAGACAUCCAUCCUCCUUCAGGUAAGUUUUGAUUUCAUUAUAUUUCCAUUUUUUUACAUCACAUACGCAUUCAUGCAUGCAUGGCAUAUACAUAUAUACAUAUACAUAUAUAUAUGUGCAUCAUCUAUAAAUAGUAGUAUAGCAGCACCAAGGCUUAACUCAAUAAUAAUAAGCUUUCUAUAAAUGGUGGAAGAAAUUUAAGAUGAUAUGGAUAACCUGUUCCUGACAGUUCUUAGAGAUUCCAGUGACUUCCCAAAGUUAGAAAAUUAAAAGAAUAAAAAAGGAAAGUAGCAUAGGAAACUGUGGCCCUGCUUAGCUUUCUUAUUUCGUGUUCGUGUUAAUGAUUGUUCUUGAAGAUUCCAGUGACUACCCAAAGUUAGAAACUUAACAAAAUAAGAAAGAAAACGAGCAAAGGAAACUGUGGCCCUGUUUGGUUCUUGUAGGGUUUAGGCCGGAUUUUGGCAAAGGAAACUGUGGCUAUGAUUUACAUUAUGUUGGCAAGUAUGCAAAACCUAAAUCUAUAAAACUUCAAGUAAAACUUACACCUACUGUGCACGUGCAAAAUACAAACAUUCUUUAGGGUGUGUUUGUUUGGGGGUUUGAAUAGUAAAAAUUUUGAAUUUGAAUAGUUGUAUGAUGUGAUAUAAAUAGGUGUUGAUAUAAUGUUACGAAUGUAAAAUUGAUUUUUAGUAUAAUAUAAAAAAUAAAAAAUAGGUGUUUGAUUUGAUAUUUUUGGGGAAAAAAAAUUGGAUGAA